AUGCUAUACCAAGUGCAGAUCAGAUUCGUAUAACAACAUCUUUGAAAAGCCAAAGAGGGUCAGUGUGGACAAAAAACAAGUCAAUAUUUGAAUACUGGGAAGUCGAAGUGACCUUUCGAGUUACAGGAAGAGGCCGCAUUGGAGCUGAUGGAUUGGCAAUCUGGUUCACAGAAGAGCAAGGCCUGGAAGGUCCUGUUUUCGGGGCAGCCGAUAAAUGGAAUGGCGUUGGGAUUUUCUUUGAUUCCUUCGACAAUGACGGAAAGAAAAACAAUCCUGGAGUGAUUGUUGUAGGCAACAAUGGAAAACUUCUGUAUGACCAUCAGAAUGAUGGUUCCACGCAAGCAUUGGCGUCCUGUCAGAGGGACUUCCGUAACAAGCCCUAUCCGGUUCGUGUAAAGAUAACAUACUACCAAAAAACAUUGACUGUAUUAAUUAACAAUGGCUUUACUCCAGAUAAAGAAGACUAUGAAUUUUGUGCGAAAGUGGAAGAUAUGGUGUUGCCAUCACAAGGAUAUUUUGGAAUAUCUGCAGCUACAGGGGGACUUGCAGAUGAUCAUGAUGUCCUGUCUUUUCUGACCUUCCAGUUGACUGAGCCUGGGAAGGAAGUACCAACACCAGAUGCGGAAAUUCCUCAAAAAGAUAAAGAGAAAUAUCAAGAGGAGUUUGAACACUUUCAACAAGAAUUGGAUAAAAAGAAAGAAGAAUUUCAGAAGGAGCAUCCUGAUGUGCAAGGACAGCCAGCGGAUGAUCUUUUUGAAACUGUAAGUGAUCGUGAACUGAUGCAAAUCUUUGAGGGACAGAAUCGAAUUCAUCUUGAAAUCAAACAGCUUAAUAGGCAAUUGGAUAUGAUUCUGGAUGAGCAGAGGAGAUACGUCUCUGCAGUCACAGAUGAGAUUGCUAAAAGAGGAGCUGGUUUUCCAGGUCAGCAAGGACAGGUUUCCCAGCAAGGGAUCGAGACAGUUGUGAAAACUCAAGAAGAGGUCAUUAGACAAGUAAAUGAAAUGAGAAAUUCCAUGGCUGAUACUCUGAGGUUGAUCAGUGGAGCUCAACAUCCUGGCUCUGCUGCAGGAGUCUAUGAAACAACUCAGCACUUCAAUGACAUCAAAGAACACCUUCAUGUAGUAAAGAGGGACAUUGAGCAUUUAGUACAACGAAAUAUGCCAUCUAGUGAGAAAUCAAAGUGUCCAGACUUGCCACCGUUUCCAUCGUGCUUGUCUACAGUGCACUUCUUCAUAUUUGUAGCAGUGCAAACAGUGUUAUUCAUUGGUUAUAUCAUGUAUAGGAGUCAACAAGAAGCAGCAGCCAAAAAGUUCUUUUGAUGACCUGUUCCUUUUGUGUGUACAUAACAGCAGUAUGUAUGCACAGAAAAUUAUACACUUCUGUAAAUGAGGGAAUUUUAGUGUUUGAUAUACUUCAAUAUUGUAAAUUAUUGAAUUUUGUUAAACAAAAUGAGUUCUCAUUUAAAGUGUUAAUGCUGAAGUUAAAAACAGACUGGGCAGCAGCAGAGCAAACACUAG